CAUUGAUAUAAUUGGCUUUAUUUUAUCUGCUUAGUGAUGUAGUAGUGGAAAUCUAAUUUUUGUGGCGAUAAAUUUCUUUCAGAAAAAAUAGUUACAUUUUCCUCCGAGUGGUAGAUGGCGAUGUAAUACCGUACAAUUUUAACGGGCACAGAAACAGUUGUCAAAUAUCACUUCCUAACUAGUCGCAUUGCAGUGGUACAAAAAUCUGUGAUUAUUUAGAAUAAACUAUAGUUAUAAAUGUCGGCAUAACAGAGAGGAAAUAUAUUUAGUGAUUUGCCAUGCAGAGCAACAAUCAAGAAGAGUCAACUCCUGACACCUCUUCCCCUAACCUCCACGAAUUACCCCCGGAGGAUGAGGAACGGUUCGAGAGGUUGUUCAACACCCUUGACAAAAACGGGAACGGCAGAAUUGAUAUCCAUGACUUAUCCGAAGCUCUCAGAGAGCACGGGGUCCACCAUGGAUACGCGGAGAAAUUUCUUAAAAGUACCAAAAGCGUGAGCGGUGAACUUUCAUUAGCAGAUUUUAUUUAUUAUGUUCGAGAGCACGAAAAAAAUUUGAGGCUGCAUUUCUCCCAUCUAGACAAAAAUAAAGAUGGAAAAAUCGAUUUGGAUGAGCUCAUUAAGGCAUUCAGUGAUUUGGGUAUACCGCUGGAAAGAGGGGAAGCGAAGAAUCUACUGCAGAGGAUGGAUCAGGAUGGUAGUCUGAAUAUCAGCUAUGAUGAAUGGAGGGAUUUUUUGCUGUUGGCGCCCAGUAGCAAUAUACGGGAUCUUAUUACGUAUUGGAGGCACUCUACGUACCUGGACAUCGGGGAGGAUAUGAACGUUCCUGAUGACUUCACUCAGAAGGAAAUGCAAACCGGUAUGUGGUGGAGGCAUUUAGCUGCUGGUGGAGUCGCUGGAGCGGUAUCUAGAACUUGUACGGCGCCCUUAGAUAGACUAAAAGUAUUUCUGCAGGUAAAUCCCAGCAGAGAAAAAAUAGCUGUUUGUUUUAACAACAUGCUGAAAGAAGGCGGCAUUAAAGGUUUAUGGAGAGGAAACGGAAUCAACGUGUUGAAGAUUGCCCCGGAAUCUGCUAUCAAGUUUGCGGCGUACGAGCAGGUGAAAAGACUGAUCAAAGGCGAUUCUCAGCAUGCGUUGAGCAUUUAUGAAAGAUUUUGUGCUGGCGCUCUAGCCGGUGGUAUUAGUCAGACGGCCAUUUAUCCACUAGAAGUACUCAAAACUAGACUAGCAUUAAGAAAAACUGGCCAGUAUAAGAGCAUAGCGGACGCAGCUUACAAGAUUUACAUAACCGAAGGAUCUAGGAGCUUUUAUAGGGGCUACAUUCCAAAUAUAUUAGGUAUUAUUCCAUAUGCUGGUAUCGACCUCGCCGUAUAUGAGACAUUAAAAAAGAAGUAUUUCAUGACGCAUUCGAGUAACGAACAGCCCAGUUUUUGGAUGCUUCUUGCGUGCGGUAGCGCUAGCAGCACCUUGGGUCAAAUGUGUUCCUAUCCUUUGGCGUUGGUUAGAACGAGAUUGCAAGCACAAGUUAACCAUCCGUCUUCAGAUCCAGCGGGAGCGACGAUGACCGGCGUCUUCCGGACGAUACUGGAGCGCGAAGGCGUAUGCGGACUGUACCGGGGAAUCACACCGAACUUCAUCAAAGUCAUGCCGGCCGUCAGUAUCAGCUACGUGGUGUACGAAUACUCCAGUCGACUAUUGGGCGUCAACAUGACGUGAUGGCGCUUAGGCGACGUAGCAAGGAAUUUUUUUAUUUUCACGCGGCUACGCCUCACAAGCUGGUGGGGCGGAGUCCAGAAGACCUGCCGAAUAGAAAUGCGAUUCUCUGUCGGUGGACACUUAAGUUGUUAGACGAAAAUCAUUCCAAACACCUUUUUAGACUUACCUUUUAUAGAAUCGACAUUUUCCAAAAGAUUUUUUAACGCAUUUAAUGUAUUUUCACGAUAUUUAUUAAUACAUACGUUACAUCAACUAGUACUUUUAUUUCAUGGAAUUACAAACAUCAAAAUUUCGACUGCUAUAACGGUCCAAACUGAUCUGAUUACUUUACCACCUUAGACAUUUGUCUAUACUUACCAGUGACACAUUCCACUCAUCUUCUUCGAUUCUACGUGCCAGUAUCGUAAGAAUACAUAAUUUUCAUUUGCAUGCACAGUCACAUCGAAGUUAUUUUCUAAAAUAUAUCUACAAUUGAUGUGUACCUUUGUACGUUAGUAACUACGUGAAAUUAUCUAAGUGUUUAAGAAACGUAGUUUAGUAUAUUUAAGCGUUAUCGACAUAGAAGAGGGAAUAAUAUAGGAAAACUGAAAGAACUUUAGAUACCAAUCCAACAAACAUUGGCCCAAGAAAUUAAAGAACCAAUGGAAGAAUCCUAAAAACGUAAAAACGAAUGAAAAGGUACAUUAAGGAAGAAUAUUUGAAAAAAAGACUUGAAAGAGCAGAGGCUCAGUACAAGUACCAAAUAAUAACAUAGAUGGCGUAGGUGACACGAGCGUAGAACGGCUACAGAAUGAAUAACAUGACAAAUGAUACAGUACAGGUACACAGUAUAGACAUCACACGACAGAACAGAAAACCACAGAACGAUGACGUAAAAACAGACAUGAUAUGACAUCAGACAAUUGACAAAUGAUGUCAGCCUCGCCAUCUUGAAAGGGGGAGUGGCUAAUAAUAGGUACCAUCGAAAUAGUUACAGUGUGGUUCCUUGAUUUCUUGGCAAUUCCUUUUUCACGGCAAAAAUGCCCUAUCUUUUUUUCAAAAAAUGUGUUUGGAAUAUUUUUGUUGAACUUAUUUAUUUUUUUGACGGUUUCCGUCAUCUAGUUUAAUUUAUUUAUUUUUUUAAUAUAUUAAAUAGAUAUAGGCUUUAACUACGAUGGCUGUAUAGCCGUUAUUUUUUUUAUAAUUGUUGUUAUAUUGUAAGGGUGUAGUCUGAAGAGUAUGUUUUUGUUAAAUCUUAGUUUAAGAACUAAAACGGAGACAACAAGGAUAAGUACACCUUUUUAUGAAAUCAUUCGACUACAUGAGAUCAUAGUUGUUGCUAAUAUGGAUUAUCGUGCCAAAAUUUAUGUAUUUAAAAAAUUAUGGGCAAAUAUUAUUUGUAUAAGGCUGUGAGACAUAUGCUUUCGAGAUAUAUCAUUUCCCAAGCAUAAAUGAACCUCUGCUACACACAUACACAUGUCAUGUGUCAUCAUACUCAUACGAUGAAACAUAAAAUCGUCCACCAUUUUGUGACCAAGAUUAUAAUCUUACUAUGAUUAUAAUGCUUACCUAUUUUAGUCCAAGAUCCAUAUUAUAGUCGCUACUGAACAUGCGGAGAGGGCGUGGUUUACAAUGCUGUUAAGAGAGAGAGAGAGAGAAAAUUUUGAUUUUAAAAUCAAUUGUGAAACAAUUUACUAUCUCUCUUACAACAAGCUUAUUUAGGUAUUACCUAAGGCAACCAAUUUAUUUCCAGUAAAAAUAUGUACCAUUUAUGUCUCAUAACAUACUUUUUGUACAGAAAACCCCAAAUAAUUGAGUUUACUGCCCCACGUUGGGCGCCGAAUGCGUAAUAUGUUAACCAUUUGACAUAUUUGCAGCGAAAUAGUUUUCAUGUUCACUCGCACAGUGUUGCCAAAUUCUAAGAAGAAAGUAUAUUUGGUAAAUUGUAACUCGACAGCUUCAAAUUCUGCCAAAAAAUAAAUUGCAGAUAGUAAGUUGUUUCCUUGGUUCAAUAAUUAAGUAUGUUAAAACGGUUUAAUAUUUGAUGAAUAAUUCGACUUCUGCACACUAUUUGAUAUUCAUAUUUAUUUUAAAAUAUUCUGAUUGCUUUAAAACCUAAUUGUAUCAACCAUGGUAUCAACUGUGCUUUAACUGCUUAGGCAACUUAAAAAUUUGAAAAUAAUUAAAAUAGAAGAAAUCGUUUAAAAUAGCAGCUACAUUUCAAGUUUUCCCGUUGGUCAUUUGGACUCCCAGAAUGAAACGUCAAAUAACAGGAAUAUUAAUUUAAAAAGGUUUCUUAAUUUUUUUUGUCUCGUUAAUUGAGUCUCUCUAGUUUUUAUGAAAAAAAAUGUACACUUCAGAAAACCCUACAUACUCGUGUAUUUGACACAAAAAUGUUUUGAGCUAGACGCGCAUGGAUGGUUUUGACACCUUCCCAUGUGACGAUCCACCGAUACGGUGGCUCAUUGCGCAUGAUCGGUGUAUCAGUGUUCCAUGCGCGGUUGACUUUACCUCUUCGUGCCUACUAUUUCCAUGGACGUGACGUUUUUGUGUCGAAUACAUCAGCUUGUUUUUAGUAAAAGAAAAAUGUUUAAUAAAUUCAUUCUCAAAUGUUCGAUCCCAACACCUUGAAAAUGCCGCUUCGUUAAGGAUUCUUGUAGUUUUUGAAAUAAUUCUCAACCGUUUUUGAUGUCGCUGUUUUCAAUCUACCUUUUUGUGGAUUUUUGCUCCAGUUUUAAUCUUUGAAUGUAUUACACGAGAAAGUUAUAUUUAUGAAUAUAUUAUAUAAAAUUCCAGAGAGAAAACAAGGGAAAUGUGAUGUACUUAAUAUUUUAAUAAAGUGAAAUUAUGGUAUUAUACUGUAGAAUGUAUUUGUACAAAAAAAUUGAAAAAUAAAAUGUUAUUCAUUA